GCCAAGUAUCGGUUAGAGUACAUCGCUAACGAGCAAAAAAGUUUGUGCGUCAAGAUUUUUCACAUUUUUUCAUCUUUUUAACGUUUUGUCCCGCAACUUAAACGACCAAACAAUAACCAAGAGCAAGGCCCAUGACCAAAGAGCACACAGAGUGAAAUCCCAGUUCUUAAAACAGCUCCAAGUGAGAAUAAUCCCAAACAAAAGAAACAACAAUGCACAUAUAGCUGCCCGUGCGUUUGUGUGUGUGCAUUGUGUUUUUUUUUUGUUUAUUUGGCUAAUUCUGUGGUGGCCUACGUGAUUAAAAUAAGCGCAAGCGAACUAACAGUGAAAUGUUGGCUAAAACGAGCCGCGUGCCGUAAUUCGCAUUGAUAAUUGAUAGCCGUAAUCUGUGAGUGCUAGUGUGUGUGCGAGAUUGUGUGUGUGUGUAACUGGGGCGAAGGUGGAGCAAGAAAAAAACAGAGAGCGCAGUCAAGGUUAAAAUAAGUAGACGCCUUCGGUUCUCCAGGAAAAUGCAAUGAGUAGGGGUCGCGGAAAGGUCAGGGACUCAGCCAGCGAUUCCGAUUCCCGUUCCGGAUCCAAGUCGGCAAUGGACCCCCCGCGCUGCUCCACCUGCGGCACCCAGCAACAGCUGCUGCGCUGCGCGAAGUGCAAGGCCGUCUACUACUGCUCCCCCGCCCACCAGCACCUCGAUUGGCCGACUCACCGCACCGAGUGCCGUCUUCUGGCCCGCCAAAAGGUCAACAGCAGCAGCAACAACAACAAGCACCAGCAGCAGCAACAGCGGCAAAUUCAGCAACUGCAACAAGCGGUGGCGUCCGCCAAUCUGGAGGGCAGUGGCGCCGGCGCUAACUGCUCCACCGCCCAGAUGAUGACGCCUGCCCACCAGGCGCAGAGUUGGCCCGCCGAGGUGGACAGCCUGCUGAAUCUCCUCGGACAACCGGAUAGCCAAGCGCAGACGGGUCCAGCGGAAACGGAAGCGGGUCAAAAUCACCACCUGCAGCACCAAAACCACUCCCACUCCCACCAUCAUCAUCAUCAUCAUGGCGAGAAGAGCUCCAGCUUUCAAAUUGGACUGGCGGAUGCCAGCUUCAUGGGAUCGGGAAGUGAGCGGCGCUACGAGGAUCUGUGCCGGAACAUCAUCAGUGAUAUGAACCAGUACGGCCUGUCCGUGGUGGACGACUUCCUGGGCAUGGACACGGGUCUGAAGAUCCUCAACGAGGUCCGCAGCAUGUACAUCGCCGGGGCCUUUCAAGAUGGCCAAGUGGUGACCAACCAGAUGGCCGAUGCUCCGGCCUCAGGAGUGAAAGGCGACAAGAUCAGGGGCGAUAAGAUCAAGUGGGUUGGUGGCAACGAGCCGGGCUGCAGCAACGUCUGGUAUCUGACCAAUCAGAUUGACUCAGUGGUGUAUCGCGUCAAUACGAUGAAGGAUAACGGUAUUCUGGGGAACUACCACAUUAGGGAGCGGACGAGGGCCAUGGUCGCCUGCUAUCCAGGAUCGGGUACGCAUUAUGUGAUGCAUGUGGACAACCCCAAAAAGGACGGACGCGUUAUAACAGCCAUCUAUUACCUGAAUAUUAACUGGGAUGCCAGCGAAAGCGGCGGCAUGCUACGAAUUCGUCCAACGCCCGGAACAACGGUGGCGGACAUUGAGCCCAAGUUCGACAGGCUGAUAUUCUUCUGGUCGGACAUCCGCAAUCCGCACGAAGUGCAGCCCGCUCAUCGCACCCGCUACGCCAUCACCGUCUGGUACUUCGACGCCAAGGAGCGCGAGGAGGCCCUGAACAGGGCCAAGCUGGAGAACAGCAAGACGAACAACGUGGCUGCCCAAGCCCAAGCCCACCAGGCGGAACCCGACUCAACCACCACCCCGCAUACCCCGCACACCACGACAACAGCAGCCGCGCCCUCAUCCUCAUCCAGCCUGCCGGCCAGCAUGUCCACGGGAACGGGAGCGUUGAAUGCCAACGUGUCGAGCAACGCCUGCGCAGCCAGCAGCGAAAUUUGCACGUAACCAAGCAGGCGACGCAGCUAAAGGGCAACCAAAAAGUGUAAAUUAUUUCCAACCAAACACACAUGUAUAAAGCUAGUUAAAAACUAUUUAUAGCUCCGGACGGGCGUCAGCCCAAUCCCGAAUUGCGAAAGUGAAUCAAAGCUCCUUUAGUCGUUAAGCCUUCUAGUUUAGCAUCUAAGUCGUACCCUUAGUUAUUCUCGCAUUAACCAUUAGCUUACUGCCUUGUCAGCGUCCGAGUUGAUUGUUUACUAAUUAUUAGUUUGUUGCAUCUUUGUCAGGACCUUUUGCCUAGCUCAUUCUUAGUUUGUGGCUGCCAAAGUAUUAUACCUAAACAGAAGUUAACCAUCUUCAAUAACAACAGCAACAGUCGCGACGCUCAUUGUAUCCUAUCUCAAAAUUAUUUAACAAGCCAGCGAAUCGCUUGGCAUCCCACUCAAUCAGUUAACUCUCAUUCAUCUAGCUAGAAAACUUUUUGAUAUCGUUUACAUCUAAUAACAAGCGGAAAUAUAUGUCUGUCAAAAAUCUGUCUCUUGUUAUCCUAUAAAUCAUGAAAUAUGUAUAUUUAUGGCAUAUCUACAUAUUAUACGUAUAUUUUUAUAUUAAAAGAACGCCUGAGCAAAUGAAA